CCGAGUCGGAGCCCGACUUGUCGCGCGAUCGCAACCAAUUUUAUUCAAGAAGACGCGUUUGUUUGAGUAUAGAAAAUAGUUGAUUGAUUAAUCGAUGGAUAAAAAUUAGACUCGAGCAGGCAAUGGGAGAAUCCCGAUUUCUGGGACCAACCCAAAAAUUUCGCUUGCCCGUGCGGUAGACGUUUCGACGAGGGUCUCCCCUAUCUGUUGCACAUGGUGAACAGUUACCACGAUCCGACCAUUAGUCCCCAACAAUACGCCAACAUGGUGCGUGCCUACUCGGACCACGAGAUUCGCAACGCCCCGGCGGACGUUCUGCGGAGCAUCGCCGAGGGCCGUCGACUUAUGAAGGCCGAAGAAGCCCGAGUCUCCGGAUCGACGCGCAAAGUUAUCGAUGACGAUCGAAGGACGGAGACGGAAGAGACCACCACUCCGAGUACCAGUGAGCCUCGGCGGAACAAUGAUCAAAGGACGCAGAUCAUCGUAGAAGCCUCGACGUUCUCUUGGAGACGUCGUCCCUUCCCGCGGAAAAUUCAACAGCACGUCACCACGACUUGUCCGAACGACGACGAGAGGCGGAGGAGGUCGAGAGAGCCUCGAGGCUGCCUUCGAGACGUCGCGUCAUCCCGCGUUUCAGUGGACCCCGACGGGACGUCGUGCAGCACGUCAGCUCGAAGGAGCAGCCUCAACGUCUUCGACUACGAGAUGAGACGACGAGCCCGAUUCCACUGGCUCGCCAGCUCCGAAAGAGCCCAGCGACGCGUAACUCAGACGUAUGGAUAAUUACGUCAACCGCGAGAAGUUCAGAGUCGACU